CGGGCGGGGCUAGUGGCUUGAGUGGCAGGCGGUGUUGGUGACGCCAUAAUAUUGCGCUAGUGUUGUUGUUGCGGUGGGAGCUGCAGAGAGAGAGAGAGAGAGACAGAGACAGAGAGAGACAGAGAGAGAGAGAGAGAGAGAGAGACAGAGAGAGACAGAGAGAGAGAGAGAGACAGACAGACAGAGAGAGAGAGACAGAGAGAGAGGCAGAGUGAGACAGAGAGAGAGAGACAGACAGAGAGAGAGAGACAGACUGACAGAGAGAGACAGACUGACAGAGAGAGAGAGACAGAGAGAGAGGCAGAGUGAGACAGAGAGAGAGAGACAGACAGAGAGAGAGAGACAGAGAGAGAGGGGCAAACAUGGCGCAGUACAAGGGGGCUGCCAGUGAGGCCGGGAGGGCCAUGCAGCUUAUGAAGAAACGGGAGAAGCAGCGGGAGCAGCUGGAGCAAAUGAAGCAGAAAAUAGCGGAGGAGAAUGUGGUUAAGGCAAAUAUAAAUAAGAAAUUCUCUGCACAUUAUGAUGCGGUGGAGGCGGAGCUUAAAUCGAGCACUGUGGGAUUGGUUACCCUUAAUGACAUGAAAGCCAAACAAGAGGCUCUGGUGAAAGAGAGAGAGAAGCAACUUGCCAAGAAGGAGCAAUUCAAGGACCUCCAGUUAAAGCUGGAGAAGCAGAGGGAGAGGGAGAGAAAGAAAGAGCAGAAGCGCAAAAUAGCCAGCUUGUCCUUCAACUUAGAGGAAGAUGAGGAAUGUGAAGAUGAGGAGGCUGACGAUGACUAUGAUGAUGAGGAUGAUGAUGAUGAGGAUGAUGAUGACGAUGCAGAGAAGGAAGAACUGCCCAAGAAGAAGAAAAAGCUCGGCAAAAAUCCUGAUGUGGAUACAAGUUUCCUGCCAGACAGAGACCGCGAGGAAGAGGAGAACCGACUGCGAGAAGAACUGAGACAGGAGUGGGAGCGCAAGCAGGAGAAGAUAAAAAGUGAAGAAAUUGAAAUCACUUUUAGCUACUGGGAUGGCUCGGGGCACCGAAGGACCGUAAAGAUGAAGAAAGGGAACAGUAUCCAGCAAUUCCUGCAGAAAGCACUGGAGAUCCUACGGAAAGACUUUAGUGAGCUCCGGUCUGCAGGCGUGGAACAGCUCAUGUACAUUAAGGAAGAUCUCAUCAUUCCGCACCAUCACAGUUUUUAUGACUUCAUUGUGACAAAGGCGAGAGGCAAAAGUGGUCCCCUCUUUAACUUUGAUGUCCACGAGGAUGUGCGACUGCUGAGCGACGCCACCGUAGAGAAGGAUGAGUCCCACGCUGGGAAGGUGGUCCUGCGGAGCUGGUAUGAGAAGAACAAGCACAUAUUCCCGGCCAGCCGGUGGGAACCGUACGACCCCGAAAAGAAAUGGGAUAAAUAUACGAUCCGGUGAGACUCCUGGAAGGAAUAGACUGGAGCUGCCCCAUUUGUCCUGCACCCACAGUGUUCCUGCUGCUGCCUGAACUGGACUCUAUAUUCCUUGUUGUGUCAUGGGAAUCCUGUGUGUAAAGCCUUUAUACAUUAUACUGUUGUGUAUUCCA